AUGCGCCCGCCUCACGGCUAUGAUUGCUUUUCGGACCGUCAAGGUGGCCCGGACGUGAUCGGAGCUGGCAUGCGACAGCUCACGGUGCGGGAGGCGUUUUCCGGGGCAGCGGUUUGCACCCUGGCGCGCCCAGUGCGCUCGGCGGAGGUGAAGAAGCAAAUUUCUCGAAGCAGAGGCAUUCCUGAACCCGAGAUCCGGCUACUGGCUGGCGACAGAGAUCUUUUUGAUUCCGGGUGGCUGGCUAGCCACGAGGAGGUGCUUUUUCUCAGAAAGCGCGAGGGGGUCGUAGCUUUCCUGGCCAUUGCCAAGAACGACCCGGACGUAGGCCUGUUUGGGGCCGACGAGUGGAUCCGGGAUGAUGCCGAGUGCGUGGCUGCGGUCGUCGACUGGAGUUUCAACACGCGGCAGUGCAGCUGA